UUAACUUGACACUCCCAGUGCAGACACAAAACCCGGGUAUUUCUUCCGCGCCUCGCUGUCUUCUGAGCUCUAACCCGAUCAGCUGUUGCUGCCGCGUGCGGGAAACGUUAACGCCGGUAGAUUUGCGGGUUUUCGUCCCCGAGCUUCAGCCGCCGGUGAGGUCAACAUGGCGACUCGUAAACGUCCGUUGAUGGAAGAUUCGAGCCCCGCUGACAGCUUCUCCACCCCGGAGAAGAAGGUGUCCGUUGUCCCGCAGCCGCAGACGGAGACGGAGACGGAGUACGCGAGCUGGGGAGUGGAGGGAACGUGUGCGUACCUACGGAGAGAAGGGCUGGAGCAGUGGGAGGAUGCGUUCAGAGAUCACGGCAUCAAAGGCUCCGGGCUGCGGUACCUCGGUGAUGCUGAGCUGGAGAAGAUGGGCGUCAAGCUUCUGGGCGACCGUCUGCAGAUCCUGCACAGCUUCAGGAGGCUGUGGGAGAUUAAAGCGGAGCCGAGCAAGGUGUUCAAUGAUCCGAUCCACGGACACGUGGAGUUGCACCCGCUUCUCAUCAGAAUCAUCGACACCCCUCAGUUCCAGAGGCUGCGGCACCUGAAGCAGCUGGGAGGGACCUACUUCGUUUUCCCUGGGGCUUCACACAACCGCUUCGAACACUCCAUUGGGGUGGGUCACUUGGCAGGAGAACUUGUCCAAGCCCUGAACAACCGGCAGCCAGAGCUCCUCAUCUCCCGCAGAGACAUCCUGUGCGUGCAGAUCGCCGGCCUCUGUCACGACCUGGGUCACGGCCCGUUUUCCCACAUGUUUGACGGGAUGUUCAUCCCCAGAGCCCGUCCUGGAUACGCCUGGAAGCAUGAGAAGGCCUCUGUACAAAUGUUUGACUACCUGGUCGCCGUCAACCACCUGGAGCCGGUGAUGGAGCAGCACGGCCUGGUGCUGCCAGACGACCUGCACUUCAUCAAGGAGCAGAUCGCUGGACCGCUGGACACGGACGCCGCUGAAGGCCAGAAGUGGCCGUAUAAAGGCCGCACAGAAAACAAGUCCUUCCUUUAUGAAAUUGUGGCAAACAAAAGGAAUGGCAUCGAUGUGGACAAGUGGGACUACUUUGCCAGGGACUGCUACCACCUCGGCAUCCAAAACAACUUUGACUACCGCCGCUUCCUGAAGUUUGCCAGGGUGUGUGAUGUGAAAGGGCAGAAGCACAUCUGCACCCGGGACAAGGAGGUGGGGAACCUGUACGACAUGUUCCACACGAGGAACUGUCUGCACAGACGAGCGUACCAGCACAAAGUGGGCAACAUCAUAGAGACCAUGAUUACGGAGGCCUUCCUGAAAGCAGAUGAACACAUCAGGAUCAGAGGCUCGGGAGGACAGAUGUUCACUCUCUCCACAGCCAUCGAUGACAUGGAGGCCUUCACCAAACUCACGGAUCACGUGUUUGAACAGAUACUGAACUCCUCCUCCUCUGAGCUGGAUGAAGCCAGGCAGAUCCUGCAAAACAUCGUGUGUCGCCGCCUCUACAAGUGUCUGGGCCAAACGCAGGCAGGAAAACCCACGACUGUGACCCAGGACACGAUUCACAGCUGGGAAGCAGAUCUGGCUCAGGCCGUGCCUCUGAGCGGCGCCACCGGCGUCGCGCUGCAGCCGGAGGACUUCGUCGUCAGCGUCAUUAAUAUGGACUAUGGGAUGAAGGAGAAGAACCCCAUCAACAAAGUGCAUUUUUACUGCAAGGAAGACGUGACUAAAGCCAUCAAGAUACGCAGGAACCAGGUUUCUCAACUGCUUCCAGAACAGUUUGCUGAGCAGCUGAUCCGGGUCUACUACAAGAGGAAGGAUGAAGCCAGCCUGGAAGCCGCCAAGAAGCACUUUGUCCAGUGGUGCAUGAACAAAAACUUCUCGAAGCCUCGGGACGCAGACAUAAUGGCGCCUGAGCUGACGCCACUGAAGCCCAGCUGGGGAAGCAGCCUCGAAGGCGACGAAGAAGACGGCAGCUCCCGAACGUCGAACCCGGGCGCCCUCAACGGAACGAAAGCCAAAACGCAGCUCAGCUUUUAAGUGGGAGGAAGAGCGUAAAUAUACCUGUUACAUGUUUGGUAGCAAAAUAUUUAUAUUUUUAUAAGGUGUGUGAAUUGAACCAAAACAUAUAUAAUCAGAGCUUUCUCAGGGUUUACAGCAAGAUGGCCUUUAUUUUAUUAUCAACCUCUUAGUUUUAGUUAGAUCGUUUUUAUUUUAUCAUUUAAACGGGUUUCAUUCAACAACAUUGUCAUGUUAAAUUAUUGCUUCAUACAACCAGACUACAGCCUAUUAUGAUGUCAUAUCAUGUCAGAUUAGGGUUUUAUGUGUUUCAGGGCAGGUUUGUUAGACAUUCAGGCUUUUUUAAAACAACCAAUCUUCAUCAAAAUGUGCAAUUUAAAGUCAACAUGAACAGGCAGGUUCUGACUUUUUUACAGUGAACAUUUUUUAAUUAGACGUUAUGUUGAAUAUAUUUAUUUUGGAGAGAGCCAUUUAUUUGUUGUUCCUACAUUAGUACGUGCAGCUGCACAUCUUCACCUUUUAAAAUAAAACUCUUCCUUCCUGUGUCA